GCAGUUUUUAUUGAAAUGUAAGCAGUUCAAAUCCACGAACCUGAAAUGGUAAACUGCCAGACAAAAACAGUUUUAAAUAAGUUCUGAGUUAUACAAAAAGGCAUUUUUCAGGGGAAAAGUAAUGGGGUAACAACUUGCAGGUGUUCUGCAACAGUGUUGGGAAGAACUUUAUGAACAAUAUUAGAUUUCCAUUGGAGAAAGAAUGACAAAAGGUGGCUACUUUGACACAUAUAAAUGUUGAUUACAUUUUGUUAAACAAUCUCCAAAUGUUUAUUUGUCCUAUAUGCUUUAAUUUCAGAGUACAUUGAUAAAUUAAACGGUGUACAUUUUAAUGAAAACUGGAGAAAUUGAGGUGUUCUAAAACUUUUGACCGGUAGUGUAUAUGAUGCCACUUCUUCCAUUUCUUUUAAUUGGCUAAAUCCAUUAACGCACGCGAGACAUGUAACUUAAUACAGUCAUUAAAAUAUCAAUGCGCUGCCACAGCGGUUCGGCGGAAGGACACAAGUUGACGUAGGCCUAUUUGAGUUUUACAUUUAUUAAACGUCGGCUUAUAUAAACGUAGGUUUAACACGUUGAAUUUAGGAAUGAAACAAACUAAACGGUAAUAUUUAAGUAACCUAAAAGUGAUCUAACACGUCCUAAUACAAGCAGCAACAGGUUACCGUUCUGUGACACGGGGAUCUUGAAGUUCUAGUCUGCUUGAGACCUUCUCAACAGGCUAUAAGCAAACAGGCGCUAAGCUGUCAGUGAGAGGUAAGCUGAGCCAGGGAGGAGAUGUCAUUGCUGCUGCUGACGAGCAGGAUAGAUGCUGACCAAGUCCCGCGCACGGCUGCUGCCAAGACUCCGCCCGUUAACACCACCACCGUGCGCACAUCUCCCAUGUGGGCUAGGAUAUCUCUGCGGCAUCUCCUGGACCUGCUCGGAAAGAGACCGCAGAGGAAGGAGCUCUGGGAAAUAGUUUGAUAUUAACAUUCACGAGCCAGCCUUCUUUUUUUAAUUGUCUCUCUCUUUUUUAAUGGUAAUAUAAAGAAAAAUCUUUUGAGGAACAUAUGUUGGACAUUUGGGAAUUCAUGUGCCAUGACUGCAAGAUGCAAGGCCAUGUGAAAGAUAUACCCAAGGUCAUGGUGGAUGCAGCCACAAAGUCUUUUUAAGGAGGCUCAUUGUCUGCAACUCCCCAACUCAUGUUGAUGAUUUCAUGCAGAUGAUUUCAAGUGACCAAUGGCUGAUGAAAUCUCCCCACGGACGUCCGACAGGCCGGUUGUUGAAACGGACCCUCGACACGCGAAGCCCGACCCUGCAUGUGGCGGCACUUGUGGCGUGAACUCACUUUCAGAGAGCUGUGACGCCGGGAUCCUUUAUCUGAAUCCUCAGACACCGAACUGGUCUCUCGUGGAGAAGUUUGCUGAACUUUCGCCGGCAGAAUUAAUAGGAUUCAGAGACGAUCCGGACGACAGCAGCCGGGGACUGUUGCAAUGCACCAAACGUACCCAGAACACUGGCGUGUGUGGAUCUAAUGAAGAGCUCCUGGACGCUGCGCAAAAAAAGGAAAGCAACUGCCUCAGGAGCCGUAAGAUACAAAGUAAUGCAUCGGCCACACAGAGGGCAUCCAAGCUCCAAGAGCUCAAUGUCGAGGAAUAUUCUCCGGGCGGAGACGGGAAUCAAACCAAAAAGAAGGACGUGCACAGUCCUUCCGUGAAGAAACUACUUACAAAAUGCGGCGAUGACAAGAUCCCCAGACUUUUGGUCGCAAUGAAGAAACGCAACGUCGUCGACAAAGAGCACCGUCCCUUCAAGUGCACCCACUGCAGCUGGGCCUUCAAGAAGCUCUGCAACCUGCAGAGUCACCUGCAAACGCACACGGGCCUCAAGCCGCACGCGUGCGACAUUUGCGGCAAGGCGUACUCCCACCAGGGCACGCUGCAGCAGCACAAGCGUCUCCACACGGGCGAGAGGCCGUAUCACUGCCCCUUCUGCGUCAAGACCUACAUCUGGUCCUCCGACUACCGCAAGCACAUCCGCACACACACCGGCGAAAAGCCCUACGUGUGCGACACCUGCGGCAAGGAUUUCAUUCGCUCCUCCGACCUGCGGAAGCACGAGCGGAACAUGCACACCAACGACAAGCCCUUCCCGUGCGCGCACUGCGACAAGACUUUCGACAAGCCCCUCUCCCUGAAGCGCCACGAGCGGAAGCACCUGGGGGAGAGGCCCUUCUCCUGCCCCGACUGCGGCAAAGCCUUCGCUCUGGCCAGCCGCAUGGCCGAGCACCAGAAGAGCCACGCCGGCGUUCGGCCGCACGUCUGCCCGGUGUGCUCCAAGUGUUUCACCAAGUCGUCCAACCUGGCGGAGCACGAGGCCAUCCACAGCGGAGCGCGGCCCCACAAGUGCGCCGAGUGCGGCGUGGCGUUCGCCAUGGCCUCCCGCCUCGUGCGUCACCAGUACGUCCACAGCAAAGAGAAACCCCACGGAUGCCCGGGAUGCAGCAAGAACUUUUGCCACCUCGCCACGCUGAAGCUUCACCAGGAGCAGACGUGCGCCGGGAGGAUUUUUGUCUGCGUGCAGUGCGACAAGUCCUUCCAGUGCGCCGCAAAGCUCGCAGAGCAUGUGCUGAACCACGCAGGGACGCACAUGUCUGAAUCCAAUUGAAGACGGGUUGUACUCAUCCACAUUGGAUCCGUUCAAAGUCAUGGGGUACCAGUUUAUUUCUGUUGAUGUACAUAUGUAGGAUUCCCGUGAACCCGCUCCGCUGUCCCUGAGGUGCUGGGUUUCCAUGGGAGCGCUCUGGGACAAAAACACAUUGCCACCGGCAUCGACACUGGAGCCGACAGCUCAACCGUGGUCAGGGAAAGCGGUCACAAGGCCAAGUGAAGACGGAAAUGUUAAGGCUUUUAAAUAAUGAGUUAAUACUAAAUCUCACAACGUUGCCUCUGUGCGUGACGGGAAAUGCAGGCAGUUUAUUCGGAUGAACGGCUUCCUGCACCGGGACAGCACGCCUGGGUCACUCGGAAUCUGGUUCCGGUGGGUUCUGCGAACUGACUUCUGAAGGAAUCCGUCACUUCCUCGUGCCGAUUUUCACGGCUACGCGGAAAUUUAUAUGCCCGAAUUUAGCACCAGCUUAUUGUUCUCAACAGAUCGGUACCCAUCAUGCACAUGUAAACGACAGAUUCGUCAAUAAUGACGUAUUCCCAAGUGGAGGCUGCUUUUUGUUGUAGCGAAUUUCUUGGCCUCACAAGCAGCAGUAGCUGCAACAUAAGUGCCAUAAUAUGGCCGUGAGCCAGUCAUACCUCCAGAGGCCCAUUGCUGUGGCCAAGUUAAUGAGCUUUGGUGGUUCAGGGACGUUAGCCAAUCAGUCCAAUGUUGCUUUCUUGAAUUAUCCUCACGGUGCUUUGUGUAUGUUAUUUUGUUUUGGGAGUCCGGCUAGUUCCAUGCGGGUGAACCUUUUAAAUGUCAAGUAUACAUUUUGAUAAUUUUUUUUGGUCAUAUUUCCAUGCACAACAUGUUUGGUCCCUUAAUCCGUCCAAGAGUCCUUCCAACGGGAGCACGUAGGAGCUCUGGAAACCACAUUGCACACCUGAUAUUAAAUUAUGUCUGAAGAUACACCGAAAUAAACGUUUUGUUAUGGUCAUUGCAAAAAUAA